CACCCUACUGUUCAGGUUGGACAGGUUCAGGUAGAUUUUUUUCCCUCUGCUGAUUUCUUGACUAUAAAGUUCUGAGCGUUUGUAUUCAGCUGUAAGUCCGAGUCAGAGAAUUUCAGACAGCAGAUUACAGCCGCAGAAAUGACGAACAAGAUGGUGAUUAAGCAGCCGCAGCCGGUGAUGGAGUCCCUAGAUUCAGACGAGUGGACCUCCAAGAUCUGUGACUGCUGUGAAGACAAGGUCGAGUGUUGUUUUGUGUUUUGCUGCUGCCCGUGUUUCGCCUGCAUUAAAUCAAAAGAAUAUGGCCAGUGUUUGUGUCUCCCCCUGCUGGAUAUCUGCAGUAUCGUCUCGCCUGCCACGUGGGCCAUGAGGGUGUCGAUGCGUGAACGUUAUGGCAUUAGGGGCACAAUCUGUAACGACUGUGUGAUUGCGACGUUCUGUACGCCCUGCGCCUGGUGCCAGAUGUCUCGUGAGAUGCAGUAUCGUACAAUUCCCAUCACCCUGGUCAAUACCAGAUCAAAGAACUGAUCCGGAUUCAUCUGUGAGCAAAAUGUUCUGUCCUGGAUGAAGAACCAACAGCGUGUUGUAUAACUGUGUAUAUAUUUAAUAUAAAGGUUCUAUUUAUCAGUGAUUAAUUGCAUGAACUUUCUUUUGCUAAUAAUUCAGAGUUCUGUGAACUUUACCUCCAUGUAUUCUUUCUUUCUUUCUUUCUUUCUUUCUUUCUUUCUUUCUUUCUUUCUUUCUUUCUUUCUUUCUUUUUAAAGUUGUAUUCUUAAAAUUGUCACUAAAAUAAAAUGUGCAAAUUCUGUCA